AUGGCCCAUGAGAAGACUUCAACCUAUAUGGUGAUUGUGGUCAUGGCACUGCUUGUGCUAGGAAGCAACCAUGCACAUGCGAGCCGUUUCACGUCGUAUACUGGGCCCAGGUGCAGCGGCGCUUGGGAGGUGCAUAGCCAGUGCGGGUGUUCAAACAUUAACCGCCAGGCCGGCUACAUCUUCACCUACACCGGGCAGACAGCUGCGAUGUACAACCAGGCCGAUUGCAAAGGGGCUGUGCACACCCGAGCUUUCAGCAAGACUAGACUCCCCUCUUGGAAUCCUGAUAACAGGGAUUGCUGCUCUUGGGAAGGCAUCACCUGCGAUGGUGCCACUGGUCACGUGACCAGUCUCGACCUCAGCGAGCUCCGUAUCUCAGGUCAGAUUGAUUAUGUAAGCCUCUUUCGUCUUCAGAGCCUUCAGAAGCUCAACCUCGCUUACAAUAACUUCGAUGGCUCUACAAUCCCAUCUGGGUUUGAGCAGCUCACCAGUUUGACCCAUCUCAACCUCUCUCGUUCGAAUUUUUAUGGCCAAAUCCCGCUGGAAAUCUCCCGCUUGACCACUUUGGUGUCCCUCGAUCUAUCUCACAAUCAAUAUUUCAAUCGUUCCGACUUUGGAUUGCUGAAACUCGAAAAUCCAAACAUUGGAGCAUUCGUCCAAAACCUGUCCAGUCUGAGAGAACUGUAUCUCGAUCGGGUAUACAUCUCAGCUCAGGGUCCAAUCCCUUCUUCCUAUGGCAACAAGUUUCAAAAUCUUCAAUUGCUCAUGCUCAAUGACAAUUCAUUUAGUGGGACCAUCCCAUCAUCAUUGUUUUCACUCCCAUCAUUACAAGAGUUGCAUCUCCAAGAUAAUCAAUUUAGGUGUCAACUUGACCGGUUCCAAUACACAUCCUCUUCAGUGCUACAUAUCAUUGAUUUGUCCAACAAUUUGCUCAGUGGGACCAUUCCAUCAUCAUUGUUUUCACUCCCAUCAUUACAGAAGUUGUAUCUCCAAGAAAAUCAAUUUAGUGGUCAACUUGACCAGUUCCAAUACACAUCCUCUUCAGUGCUACAGAGCAUUUAUUUGUCCAACAAUUCACUGAGUGGGACCAUUCCAUCAUCAUUGUUUUCUCUCCCAUCAUUACAAGUGUUGUAUCUCCAAGAUAAUCAAUUUAGUGGUCAACUUGACCAGUUCCAAUACACAUCCUCUUCAGUGCUAUCAAUGAUUGAUUUGUCCCACAAUUCACUUAGUGGGACCAUUCCAUCAUCAUUGUUUUCACUCCCAUCAUUACAAGAGCUGCAUCUCCAAGAUAACCAAUUUAGUGGUCAGCUUGGUGAGCUCCAGAACGCAUCCUCUUCACAAUUAGGGAUGAUUCACUUGAGUAACAACAGCUUGCAAGGGCCUAUUCCGAGAUCCUUCUUUGCACUCACCGAGCUUUAUGAACUCACGCUUUCAUCAAACAAUUUCAGCGGUGAUGUGGACCUUGGCUUAUUCCAAACUGGUAAGUACAUCCGGUACCUUGAUCUUUCAGAUAACCACCUCCUCUCAGUCGGCAAUAGCAGAAGCAAUGCAACCUCCAUAUCCUUCCCCAAAAUUCAAUGGUUGUCAUUAAGAUCUUGCAACAUCAGCAAAUUUCCAGAUAUCUUGAGAAGCCAAGACGAGAUGCAUUAUUUGGACCUUUCCAAUAACAAAAUCAAUGGUGAAAUACCCAAUUGGAUAUGGAAGGUUGGAAAUGGGGAUUUGAAUUAUUUGAAUCUUUCUCAUAAUGCUUUGGAAAGAUUAGUGCCACCAAUUCUUGAUCUUUCCAUAAGCAAGUUGAGAUACCUUGACCUAAGCUUUAAUAAGCUAGAAGGCUCAAUCCCAAUCCCUUCACUUUCCAUCGAAUUCUAUUCACUUUCGAGCAAUAAUUUUAGUGGAGAAGUUCCACUGCAUUUUUGCAAUGCUCAAAUAAAAGUCCUCAUUCUGUCCGACAACCACUUCAAUGGUUCGAUUCCACCAUGUCUAGGCGAAAACAACAUUGGCCUCACUGUUUUGAAUCUUGGGAGGAAAUGCAUUUCAAGUCGAAGUCAGUUAAAAGGGCAGGUGCCAAGGUCUUUGGCCAAUUGCAAGGAACUGGAGGUGUUAAACCUUGGGAACAAUCAAAUAAAUGACACCUUCCCUUUUCAGUUGGAAGACUUUCCCUGGCUGCACAUUCUCAUCUUAAGAUCCAACAAAUUUGAUGGCACCAUUGGACAAUUCCUAGCAACUCACACUUCCCCAUUGUUGCAAAUCAUCGACCUCUCUUCUAACAACUUUACAGGUAGCUUACCAUCAAAUAUGUUUGAGAGCUGGAAGGCAAUGAUGGAGGAGGGCAAAUCCCAAUCUCAGUUCCUUAGCAAAGAUUUUGGAUAUGGAUACUAUCAAGAUAAAGUGACCGUAGUGACCAAAAGGCAAGAAAUGGAGCUAGUAAAGAUCCUUACUGCCUUUACCAUAGUGGAUUUCUCAAAUAACCAAUUUUACGGGGAUACCCCAAAAUCAAUUGGGGAUCUAAAGUCGCUGCAUGGGCUAAAUAUGUCCUUCAACCAUCUCACGGGCCGAAUUCCAGCAUCUAUUGGGAAUAUAAAAGAUCUUGAGUCAUUAGAUCUCUCACGAAAUAAUUUGUUAGGUGAAAUUCCUCAAGCACUUACAAAAUUAACAUUCCUUGAGGUGUUGAAUCUUUUACAAAACCACCUUGUGGGUAGCAUACCGCAAAGCAAUCAGUUUUUUUCAUUCAUGAAUGAAUCCUUUCAAGAAAACUUAGGAUUAUGUGGCCCUCCAAUAUCAAAGAAAUGUGAAAAUACUAAGGUUACACAAACAGAAAGCAAAUAUGAUUGGAAAUUCAUGUGCAUUGGGUUUGGAGUUGGAUACGGCGUGGGAAUGGGAAUUCUUUUCUGGACUCUAGCACUUUCGACAAAGGGAAAGAGAGAAUACAUUAUGUUUAUUGAUAAAAUGCUUUUGUUAAUAUUUCCAUGUGAGGUAUUUAGUCUAAUGCAUCGAUACUAA